AUGUCCAAGACGCGCCUCAUUGUGACCACCACCAACGCCGAGCCGCCCCUCAAGGGUGACCUGUUCGCCGGCACAAAGUUCUGGGUCGCCCAGCGCUGCCCCUCGCGCCAAGACUACAUCAAGAAGAUCACCUACAACGGCGGCACCAUCGUCCCACUCGAGAAACAAGCCGACAUCCUCAUCGUUGACUACCUGCGCAAGGACCUGCCCGUCAAUGGCGUUUCCUAUCGCCUCAUCGACGACUCGCUCAAGGACGCCGAGUUUAAAGACGUCGACGACUACAUCUGCGGACCGCGACACCAUGUGAGGGACGUUGGUUCGAUGAAACCUGCGCGUGCCGGAAGGACGCCCUUUACAACCGAAGACGACCUGCAACUCUACAAGUGGGUCAAGGAUGCCGAGAACCAGGGCGCCAGGAUCAAGGGCAAUGAACUCUACAAGCAGCUGGAGCAGAAGAACCCUCGUCACUCCUUCCAGUCAUGGCGCGACCGCUAUCUUAAAGUCCUCAGCAUUAAGCCUCCUUCAUCAGCUCUAGUCGACGCGAACCCUCCUCUGUCACCUCCCACUUCUGAUCCACAAGCCGCACCUCAGAACUUUCCGCGACCUCGUAACAAGAGACCAAGGUCGACUGGCUCUGUGAACGAGAAGCCUUCAUUAUCGCAA